AUGGUCUCUAAAGGAACAAUUCUGAAAUAUGUUGGAAUCGGUAUAAUCCUCAUCAUUGUCUUGCUUAUGGGACCAACAUUCAAACAUUAUAUGAAUUUAUCAGUCAUCAAGGCAAAUUUGAUACCCAUCCCUAAGGAGCUAUAUCAGGACAAUGGGACGGCCACUGUACGGAAUAAAUUUAAAUUGGUUCCUAAAUACCCGAAGAUAAAUGAACCGAAAACGUCUGUGGAAGAUCAGAAAAACCAGAAAAUAAAUGGACCGAAAACGUCUGUGGAAGAUCAGAGAAACCUGAAAUUGAAUGGACCAACAACGACUCUGGAAGAUCAUGGAAACCCGAAAAUGAAGGAACGGACAACAUCUGUGGAAGAUCAGGGAAAGGAAAUUACGACCAACAUCAAAUACCUCGUAUAUUUAUGUGAUAAAAAUAGACGCUGUGGCGGAUGGGGAGAUCGUCAAAGAGGUAUUGUGACGGCGUUCAUAUGGUCUUGUUUAUUAAAUCGGGCAUAUAAAAUAGUUAUGACGUCAUCAUGCGACUUGACUCAAUUUUACCAGCCAAAUAAAAUCAACUGGAUUUUGGACCAAAAUGAAAUUAAAAAUAAAACUUCUAAAGUCAUAGAUGUAAUGAAUUUACAUGCCAUUUCAGUGGACGAAGAAUUUAAACCGUAUGAACACAUAGAUAUUCUUUACGUAAAAACUAAUAAUCCGAAAUUUUUCUAUUACCUCAACCAAAAUAUUAAUCUCAUGCCAGAUUAUCUAAAAGGAAUAAACGGUUUGGAUUUUCGAAUGGAAUUUUUUAAAACAGUGUGGUCUCGUCUCAUGAAGCCAACAGAGAGAUUAAAAAAUCGACUUUUAAAUGCUACAAAACCUAUGUUUAUUGGCGGACGUCGAGCAAAUCUUGUGACUGCGCAUGUGCGUAUCGGACGAAGUAAAUACAUGCCCUAUGAAAGAGUGGUGUUAAGUUUAGAUUCUACAAAUAUUAUUUUAAACUUUUUAGACAAAUAUAAACAUUCGAAAAUAUACGUAGCCACAGACCAUGCAGACGUGCGAAAAGCUGCCAUCGCUAAAUUGGGCAACAGAUAUAUCGGGAGUUAUGCCCCCUUUUUGAACCCUGAUAAUACAGCCAGGGGUACCAAACUAGCUUGUUGGGCAUUUGAAAUGACUCUCGUGGAUCAAUUGGCGAUGAUAGAUGCAGACGUGUUAGUGACUAGCCCCAGUGGAUUAAGUACAUAUGCAGCAUAUCUAAAUCCGAACACGGAAGAGAUAUAUCGUUUUAACGGAACUACUGUGAUACCUUAUCAUCCAUUAUGA